CUAAGUUGGCGCAACUGUGCGCGCGUGUACCGGCAGGCGCGCGCGCUUUUUGCCUUUGCGGCUUUUUCGUCAAAAUGCGAAAAGCCCGAGAGCCUUUCGGGAAGGGUUCCCAGAGGGGUUCCGGGACCCCUUUUGGGGAGGGGUAGCACCAUCGUGAUUCGAAGAAAAAUCAAUAGGCUUUUUUUUAGGGUUCCGGGCACCCCUCCGGCCCCCCCUUUUUGGAAGGGCUCCGGAAAGGCCUUCGCGGCCAACAUAUAUGCGUGGUGCCCGCUAGAGACGACGAGGCCAGGGCCUGUGUAGACAUCUCUCGGGGCGCCAGCCUCACACGCUGAUCCAGGCCAUAGCGGCAAAUACCUGCACGGAGAGAGCAAUCGGGGAAGCGGAGCAAAAUAUUGCGCGCGCCCGGCGUUUUCUAGGUGAAAACAUCAGCCACAGAAGAACCCCCAGCGCCCCACCCCCCUUCGCGUCAAUACUCACUUACCUACUAGAGCACUGCUGCUGACAAGCUAGCUAAAACAAACCGCGUUCAAGUCAGCCCCUCACUAGCGUGCACAGGUUUACUAGCUUUGCGCCGCGAAAAAAUGCGCGCAGAAUUUUUUUUACGGUCUGAGGCAAAUACAACGUUGACGACCCCAUAUACUGGGACAACGCGCUAUUCGCAAUUCAAACAGGAAGGAGAGUGGCUGC